AUGGCAAUUCGAUUGCAGUCUUACCGGCAUCUGUCAUCCUUGCUUUUAUUCAUAACAGCAUCCGCGGCUACAGCCACUCCUCUCACCACCCACCAGUUCAGUCGCCCCUCUCCCACCUCUGCUGAUCGUCAUUCCACCAUCGUCAGCCAUUCAAACGAGCAGUACAAUGGUCGUCGCAUGCUCGUGCUGCCGUCGCAUCUGGCUCGCCCGCACUCCACGGACGACACGGAGCUGCCGUGCGGCGACGCCUGGCAGCACAACUACACCGCCUUCCACACCUCCGCCCGCACUGCCGCGCGCGAUCCAUCCGCGCGCGCGCAGGAGAAGGCGGAGCUGCGGUACCUGACGUUCACGUGCACGCCGGGGCUGUGCGGCGGGAUCGGCGACCUGCUCAUCGGGCUCGUGUCGUCGUUCCUGCUGUGCGUGCUGCAGGAUCGCAUUCUCAUCGUCGACUACCCCUGGAUGCUCCACGCAUUCGAGCCGAACCACAUCGAUUGGCGCCUUGGCGACGACGUCCCCAUGGACCCCGCGCGCCCCUUCCCGCCGGGCCCGCGAGACAGGCGCAGGCGCGGAGGGGGGGACCCGAACGAGGUGCAGGAGGGGGAGGUGCUGCGCGUGAAUCUGCACAACCGCGACCUGCCGAGCAACGUGACGGAGUUCUUCGAGCGCAUGCGCGCCGCGAGGAACAUCCGGCUCAUGUGGAACCGCGGGCUGCUGGUGCGGCUGUACGAGGAGGAUGGUGCAUGGUGGCACGAGCUGCACAGACGAGGGCUCAGACUGCCGUCCGCAUUUGGAUGCAUUCUGCGAUACCUUAUCAUGCCAACGCCAGCAGUGCGGCACAUGGUGCGGGAGGGCAUAGCGCGGCUGACAUACCCGGGCACGGCGUCCAUCUGCAUCCACGUGCGCACCAGCGACAUCUCCACGUGGGAGCAGCCCAAGGUGGGCGAGAAGGUGAAGCCGCGCAAGGAGAACGUCAAGCGCCUCCUCAAGGGCUCCCACCGCCUCUUCGCAUGCGCUCAGAAGCUGGAGGACUACUGGUAUUCGAGUGACGCCCCAGGCAUGGCAGUCAAGUGGGUGCUCAUGAGCUCGUCGCUUGGACUCAAGCAGGCUGCACAGAGGAAAUAUGGCAGCAAGGUCAUGACAACCGAUAUACAGCCCCUUCACAUUGAGCUUCAAGGCUUCUCAGAUGAAGAAAGGGCGGAAGCCUUUCGAUCUACCGUGGCAGAAUGGCUGCUAUUCACACACUGCAACCACUUCAUCUUCACCGAGUCAGGCUUUUCCAAGACUGCUGCAUUGUACUCGUUGAGAAGACUAUCAGCCCACAUGAUGGCAAGAUGGGCUGAUUCAUGGAGGGACCACUCGUGGAAGGAUAAAUGUGAUCCUGAGGAGCCCACCAGGAUUACGGCAUUUGUAUUGAGUUCAUUCUCUGGCGGUUUGUUUCCGCUGUGUGUGCAUGUGUUGUUGCGGGUCGACGCUGCUGUUCAGACCAAGAAACGAUCGCCAUCAUUGCGCGUGCUCGCGACACCAUGUCAAGACCGGUUCACAGAUCUGUACGACCUCGGGCAGAAGCUGGGGUCGGGGCAGUUUGGGACGACGUACGUGUGUCGCGAGCGCGCGACGGGCAACAAGUACGCGUGCAAGUCCAUUCCCAAGAGCAAGCUGCUCACGGAGAAUGACGUCGAGGACGUGCGACGCGAGGUCGCCAUCCUCUACCACGUGCAGGGCCAGCCGAACAUAGUGAACAUGAAGGGCGCGUACGAGGAUCGCGACUACGUGCAUAUCGUGAUGGAGCUCUGCACGGGCGGCGAGCUCUACGACACCAUCAUCGAACGCAUCGAGGCGCGCGGCGUCCCCUACUCCGAGCACGACGCGGCGGAGAUGGCGCGCGUGAUAGUGCGCGUGGUGGAGCGGUGCCACGCGCUGGGCAUCGUGCACCGCGACCUCAAGCCCGAGAACUUCCUGCUCUCCAGCCGCGACCCCGACACGGCGGAGCUCAAGGCCACGGACUUCGGGCUGUCGUGCUUCUACAAGGGCGAGGGCAUGGCGCGCCACUGCGGCUCGCCCAUGUACAUGGCGCCCGAGGUCGUGCGCUGGCGCUCCGCCACGCAGCUGAUGGCGAAGCGCCCCGCCAAGUACGGCCCCGAGGUGGACAUCUGGAGCGCGGGGGUCAUCAUCUACGCGCUGCUCUGCGGCUUCCCGCCCUUCUACCACAGCAGCCAUUCAACGAAGGAGAUAUUCAAGGCGGUGCUGCGCGCCAACCCGUCCUUCUCCAUCCCGCCGUGGCCGUCCAUCUCCGACCAAGCCAAGGACCUGCUGCGCCAAAUGCUGCACCCCGACCCCGCCAAGCGCCCCUCCGCGCACGAAGUGCUCUGCCACCCGUGGCUGGCGGAGGCGGGAGUGGCGCAGACGGAGCCGCUGCCGCCCGUGGUGCUGACGCGGCUGAAGCAGUUCACGUCCAUGGUGAAGAUGAAGCGCAUGGCCAUGAAGGUGAUAGCAGAGGGGCUGAAGGAGGAGGAGAUCCGCGGGCUGAGGGAGCUGUUUGAGGCCAUGGACACGGACCACAGCGGCACCAUCACCAUGACUGAGCUGCGUGACGGACUCAAGAAGUACGGCGCCAACCUCAGCGACGCUGAGAUCAGCAGAAUCAUGGAGGAGACGGACAUAGACCAGAGUGGGGAGAUCGAGUAUGGGGAGUUCCUGGCAGCGACGCUGAAUCUGAGCAAGAUAGACAAGCAGGAGAAUCUUCUCAAGGCGUUUGCCUUCUUUGACACGGACGGCAGCGGCACCAUCACGCUGGACGAGCUGCAGAAGGCGUGUGAGCAGCUCAAGAUGUCCACCGGCGAGGUCGAGGCCAUGAUGCGCGAGGUCGACGAAAACAAGGAUGGGACGAUUGACUACCAGGAGUUUGUGGCGAUGAUGAGGAAGACACAGACAGGGGGGCUCACUCGCCGAGACAUCAUGGAUGGCAAUUACGGCCUCACAGAUAAAGAGCUCGGAAGCGAAUCUUUCCCCAUGGCUGCUCUGAACCAGAGUGCAGUCCUCCAGCCAUCGCGUCUCGCUAUCGGUCAGUCGGCCCACCGCACCUCCACUCGUCGCAUCGAAUGCACGCCCGCCUUCGCGCCAUGCGUCAGCCACGCGCCCCUCUCCUUCGUUGCGCCAUCAGCCGUCAGGGCCCGCCCGCUCCGCGCCAAUCAGAGCAGUCGACGACCGCAUUCGAGGCGGCUGGUCGUUCGUGCGGCAGAAGGCGACGAGGGCGCAAUCGCACGCCGGGUGGAUGAAGCGCAGGUCGGGGAGGCGAGCAGCAGGGGCGCUGGUGAUGGCGCAAGGGGGGAAGCCGCGGGCGAUAGCGGCGGAAAUGGUGCGCUUUCGGCGGGGACGGGUGUAGAUUCCGCGGAUGCGCUGGUCGGCGCGAGUGGAGCGCGAGGCGAGUCGGCAUCGUCGGUAUCAGGGGGAGGGGCAUCGGCGUCGUCGUCUCCGCAGUGGUGGAGCGGCGUGUGGGGCGCGGGGGGCUGGCAGAAGCGGUGGAGCAUCGUGGUGCUUUGCUUCUUCGCCUUCCUGCUCUGUAACAUGGAUCGCGUGAACAUGAGCAUAGCGGUGCUGCCCAUGGCGGAGCAGUUCCAGUGGUCGCCCGCCACCGUGGGGCUCGUGCAGUCCUCCUUCUUCUGGGGCUACCUCCUCACGCAGGUGGCGGGGGGGGUGUGGGCGGACACGAUAGGGGGCAAGCAGGUGCUGGGCUUCGGGGUGGUGUGGUGGUCGCUCGCCACCGUGCUCACCCCCAUCGCCGCCACGCUCGGCCUGCCCGCACUGCUCUUUGCUCGCGCCUGCAUGGGCGUCGGGGAGGGAGUGGCCAUGCCAGCCAUGAACAACCUGCUGUCCAAGUGGGUGCCCGUAGGCGAGCGCAGUCGCUCACUCGCGCUCGUGUACAGCGGCAUGUACCUGGGCAGCGUGGCGGGGCUGUCGCUGUCACCCGCCAUCAUCCAUGCCUUGGCCUGGCCCUCCGUCUUCUACACCUUCGGUGCCCUCGGCCUCGUCUGGUUCGCCUUAUGGCAGACCAAGGCGUUCAGCUCGCCCGCAGAGGACCCCACUGUGUCGGCCGCAGAGAGGGCGCUCAUAGCAGACGCGGGCGCAUGGAAGGGGCAGGGGGCGGGCAAGGGGCAGCAGGGGGGAGGGGGGCCGCACCUGGAGGGCGGUGAGCCGCUGCGGCUGUCAACAAUCCCGUGGAAGCUGCUGCUGAGCAAGGCGCCUGUGUGGGCCAUCAUCAUCUCCCACUUCUGCCACAACUGGGGCGUCUUCAUCCUCCUCACCUGGAUGCCCACCUACUACCAUGAUGUGUUGGGCUUCAACCUGACGGAGUCGGGGCUGUUUGCAGUGCUGCCGUGGCUCACCAUGGCCAUCGCCUCCAACGUCGGUGGCUGGAUCGCCGACACCCUCAUUGCCAGGGGGCUCUCCGUCACCCUCGUGCGAAAGGUGAUGCAGAGCAUUGGCUUCCUGGGACCGGCCAUCUGCCUCUCACUGCUCUCCACGGUCAAGUCGCCAGUGGCUGCCAUCGCACUGCUCAUGCUCUCCCAGGGCACGGACGCCUUUUCACAGUCGGGGCUCUACUCCAACCAUCAGGACAUCGGCCCGCGCUACGCGGGCAUUCUGCUGGGUCUGUCCAACAGUGCUGGUGUGCUGGCAGGGGUCUUCGGCACCUAUGUCACGGGGCAGAUCCUGCAGAACGGAUCGUGGGACGAGGUGUUCACGGUAGCCGUGGCGCUCUACCUGGUGGGCACUGUUGUGUGGAACGUCUUCGCCACUGGGGAGAGGGUCUUUGACUGA